AUGGCUAUAGUCAACUACAAAACGCCCACCUAUGAAGACGUCGCGGGUUGUCAAUUCGCACUUUUCGAAUGGGCCGAAAGCUAUGACCACAAGGACUGGACUCGUCUCGCCAAGUGCAUCGCCCCAACACUCCAUAUUGACUACCGCUCCGUCAUGGGGCAGGAAUGGGAAUCAAUGCCCGCCGACGACUUUGUAGCGCUGGCGUCAAGCCCAAAAUUCCUCGGCAACGCACGCAUCAAGACGCAGCACUUCAUUGGAGCCUCAAAGUGGGUGCAGACCAGCGGGGACAAAGUGACGGGUUAUCACCAAAUGCGCGUUGCCCACCAAAAGUACAGCGACGAUUCGUUGACUGAGGUGCUCUACAAGGGUCAUGCCCAUGGCGCGGCGACGACACAGUUCCGGAAGGUGGAUGGCAACUGGAAGUUUGCAGGGCUCAAGCCGGAGAUUCGAUGGGAUGAGCAUGAUCUUGAGAAGAUUUUUGCUGACCAUUAG